CUUCCUCUGAUCUGGUUCUGUCAGUCCCAAAAGCUGACAAAUAUGAUUUGUCCGUCUCAAUUAACUUCAAUCCAGAACCUCACCACCCUGUCUCAUUUGCUGGCUUUUCCAGUUUGCACCCAAACUCUAUCCCAACCCCUCCCCAACCUUAAGAGUUUUCCAAUGGCUUCCACCCCCAAGCCGGUAAAACUUGCAGAGCUCCUCCAAGAGCAGCAAGAGCCCUUUGUCCUAGAGGUUUACCUAUUUGAAAGGAGUUACCUGAGAAACACCUCGAGUACAAAUAGCAGUUCGAGGAUUACAAGUAGAACUUCUAGCAAGAAACUCACCAGAUCAUCCAGUUGGGGUAAUCUCAGCUGCCAUAAAGUAUUGAGAUCUGUGUGUAACAAGCUUGGUUCAAGACAUAGUGAGACAACAAGCACUAAGGGUUGUGAAAACCGAGAGGGGAAGCCCAAUGGUGGCGCCGAGACGCGGAGAAGAAGCCGAGAGAGCGGGGGGACGGAUACAUUUUCAUCUGCCAGCAGUAGGACACAGUAUGAUUCGUGCUCCGAGGGCGAAAAAGAAUCAAAAGAAGAAGCUCCCGUUUCGUUGCGAAAUAAGCAUGAUGCUUCCUCACUUGCUGCAGACGCUACUCAAAUUUCGGAAUCCUGUAAUAUGAAAGAGAGAAAGAUAGAAUGGCUCAACGGACAAUCAUCGAAGAUUCACCGUAAGCAACAAAACCCCGUUUCGGUACCAGAAGAUGAACCGCCCCAUGCAAACGCAAGUUCACCUCUUUAUAACAACAGGUAUAAACUGCACACCAUGUCUAGAGAGAAGGAAACUUCAUGUCCAUCCACUUAUAGCUUCAACAAGAUCAUAGAAGACCCAAAUUUAUCAUCUUCUCUCUGGGAACUACUUUUCCACCCGCCAUUAGAGAAGCCAAGAGCCUCUGGAAUUUCGGAAAAGCUCGAGCCUGUCCGGUCUAGCAUCAAUCCAUCCCCUCAUUUUGCAAAAUCGAAAAGGGUGUUGCAGCAGAAGAGGCAGCUCCUGUUCGAUUGCGUGAGGGAGAUGACGGAAAAUCACGCAAAGAAAUCGAAAGAGCAGCAGCAGCAUAACCCCAACGGAUUUCUUGGAGCCGAAGAGAUUGGGAAGCUGAUUUAUGAGAAGUUGGGGAGUUGGGGAGGUAAACAGGCUGGGCACGAAGCCAACGUCAAUGUUUUGUUGGAGUUGGACUUGUUGGGCUCCCGUGAAGAAUGGGAUGAUAGUUACCAAGAGAAAAGGGAAAUUGGGUCCGAAAUUGGAGACGCCAUUUUAGAAGAGAUCAUCAAAGGCAUUGUCUCUGAAGAGUGAAAAAUAAUUGUAUCUGAUGCCAAAGUUACUUGAGAGCAACCUCAUCUCAUGGAGACUACCAUACACUCCCGGUACACCAUCGUGACAUCUUAGAUCGGCCACAUGACGAUCCCUUAUCGGUCUAGCAUGCCAUAGACAUGUACCAAGAGUGUAUGGAAGUCUUUAUGAGGACUUCCGUGGCACAGCUGUGUCACUCGUGCUGAUGAUACAAUGCCAUGUGUACUUUUGCUAAAUCUGUACAUUUGAAGUAUCUCCACAUCACAUUAUAAUACAAACACACUACGCUACUAUGACAUUCCCGUGC